AAGAGGAGCUUCUAGCUUGCUUCGUUUCACCUGAGAACUGAGGGAACCGGGAAACUGUGAAGUGAAGGGUUCCGAGCCCAAAUCCCCAAUUCCCCCAAAAUUUGUCGAAUCGGCCGUGAGAUCCGCCCGAUUCGCGCUCCGAUCCGGCGUUGAUUCGGCGCCCUCGGUUGGGGUAGGGUUCCACCGCCCUUCGAGGAGAUGGCGGGGAAGGGAGCCAAGGCGACGGCGGCCAAGUCUGCGGAUAAGGACAAGGGGAAGAAGGCCGGCCCCGUCUCCCGCUCCUCCCGCGCCGCUCCCCAGGAGAAGUCAGCUCCGAAGAAAGAUGUUUAUCAAUUGUUUGCUGAGAAGGUUAGGGAUAACAAGCAACUAGAAUCAAGAUGGGCAAUUAUGCAAGAAACUCGUGUGGAGUAUUUUCGUGGAAAAGAUUUCUCUACCUUCGUCAAAAAUCAUCAAGAAGUCAGGGAAAUAUUAGGGCCAGAUAAAGAUUUAGAAGUGGAGGACAUUAUUAACACUUUGCUGACCAAGAACCUUGUGAUAAGGUGUGACCGAGUUAUGAAAACUGUCAGGCCUGGCAAGAAAAAACUAUCGUCAUGGCCUGCUCAUUUGGAGAUACAUCAUGAACAAGCAUUCACUGAGAAUGAUGGCUUUUUUGCUUGGAUGUUUCUCAAAAGGCGGACCUUGUGGCAGACAAUUCUUUCAUUUGUUUGGCCUCUUUUUGCAUUGGCAGUCUGCUUAUUUCCAGUUUACCCGUACCAAUGCAAGAUUGUGGUACUGUACUCAUGUGCUGGAGCUCUACUUUUCAUCGUCUCCCUUCUUUUGCUAAGAGCUGCUAUCUUUGGCAUCCUGUGGGUUCUUCUUGGGAAACGUGUGUGGUUCUUCCCCAAUAUAAAUGCAGAGGAGACAACAUUUAGAGAACUCAUUCGGUUUUGGCCUGAAAAGGAUGAAGGAGAGCGGCCAAAGUGGACAUCAAGACUUCUCUAUGCUGUUUUUGCUGUAUUGGUGAUAUUGCUGCUCAGGCACCAUGCUCCAGAUGAAGCAGCUAGAGCCAGGUACCAAAAGAAGGUUUCUAAUAUAAUUGAUGAUGUUCUUGAGUGGUCUCCGAAGUUGGCUAUUUCUGGAAUGAUCGAAAAACACACGGGGGCUAAUUCGAUGGAAACCAGCAAUUACACCAGUGGGGCUGGGAGUAGUCAUGCUGCCCCUCACUCUUCCGAAGGCAAAGGUGCAGAAGCAGACCCAGACAUGGAUGCAGAUGGGGAUACUCAGGUUAACUCAGAUGAAACCCAAGAUAGUGAGUAUGCUGAUGAUAUGAGAACAAGACCAAGCAAAGCUUAAAAUAAAUUCUAGUUUUACCUUGUAGUACUCUGGGUACUCUUUGUUGCUGUUCAUCUGCAGAAAUUAUAUAGAUAUGUUACUGACAACAAAUCAGAGUGCCCAUGUUUUGACCAUGUUUCAUUCAUAUAUUGCCAGCAAUGGCUGUAUUCUAAGGUUCUCGAAGAAUGUUUUCUCGUAGACGCAAAAUAUUUUCGAA